CCGGGGGCGGGCGGUGGGUGAGGACGUCCCCGCCGUCGCUCCGUCCGGCCGAUGGAGCCCGGCCCGCCCCCGCCGCUGCUGCUCAACGACGGCGAGCAGCGACGCUACUCCCAGCUGUUCGCGCAGUGUUGCGGGGCCCCGGACGCCGCCGCCGCCGCCCCCGGGCCCGUGCGGGACCUGCUCCGCGCCGCGCAGCUCCCCGCAGACACCCUCCACCAGAUCACCGAGCUGUGCGGUGCCAAACACGUGGGCUAUUUCGGGCCGACCCAGUUUUACGUCGCGCUGAAGUUGAUCGCGGCGGCUCAGUCCGGCCUCCCCGUACGAAUCGAGAGCAUCAAGCGCGAGCUGCCUCUUCCUCGCUUUGUGGGCCUGAAGAAUGACAGUGAAAUGAGAUACGGAAAUCCCGCGGAAUUACACGGAGCUAAAUUUCAGGUUCCCUAUGCAGCCAUGGAAAAGAAUACCUUUAAAAGAACGGAUGACGGGGAGAAACAGGAACCGAAGUCUCCCGUGUCCCCACUGGGCUCCCCUCCUGCCUCUCCCUCGGAUUACCAGAGGACCCCCUUGGGUUACGGUUACGGCAGACGGAGAAGUGGCGUGGAACAGCAGCGUGGAGCUCCUUGUGAAGCGAGACAGCCUGGGCUCCCCCAAGACGCACCCCCAGCGGGCCACCAGGGAACCAAGCAAACCCGUCGGCAUGCUUCGCUCACCCGGUCCCUUUCAGUCGACAGAGAAGCACGAGAAAGCAGCAGUGAUUACCCAGAUGAUCCCUGGAGGAUAACUGAGGAACAAAGAGAAUACUAUGUCAAUCAGUUCAAAUCCCUCGAGCCUGAUCUCAACGCCUUCAUUUCAGGUUCUGUGGCAAAGAACUUCUUCACAAAAUCGAAACUCUCCAUCCCAGAACUUUCCUACAUAUGGGAGCUGAGCGAUGCGGACUGUGAUGGAGCACUGACCCUGCCUGAGUUUUGUGCUGCCUUUCACCUCAUCGUGGCCCGGAAGAAUGGCUACCCCCUGCCAGAGACCCUGCCUCAGACCCUGCAGCCGGAUUACCUUCAAGCGGCUUUCCAUAUGCUCCAGCGGGAUGGCGCAUCAUAUGAUCCGUAUGCCGAGUCGACUGCGGGAAGCCAGCUUCCUCGGGACGUGAGUCGGAUAGAGCCACCCGUGGAGAAGAUGCCCGAGAAAACUACCCAGUUGCGAGACGUGAAAACUGAAGAGAAGCAAGCUUCGAGAGUAAGCGUCGUGGACCAGACACUGCGACAGGACUUAUUUCCUGGCCCAGCUGCACAGAAGGAAGCGAACUCUCUCAAAGCAAGACCACGGUCCAGGUCUUACUCGAGCACGUCAAUCGAAGAGGCCGUGAAGAGGGGCGAGGAGCCGCCAACCCCGCCUCCGCGCCCUCAGAAAUCGCAUUCCAGAGCCUCCUCCUUGGAUUUGAACAAGGUCUUCCAGCCAGGCACCCCAGUUGCUAAAUCAGGAUGGUUACCUCGGCCACCUGCACUCCCCCCUAGGCCUCAUAUGUCACAGGCUGAACAAGUUUUGAAGAUGGAGCUUCAGCCUCAGUUGAGCAGAACCCCAUCCCAGACCGAAGAAAAUAGCCCAGUAAAGAAGGCAGUCAUCCAAACAGAAGAAGGCGAUUCAGACGGCUAUUCGCAAAAACAAAGAAGCCAACGCUGUGCUCGUCAGGUUGAACAGCGAACUCCAGCAGCAGCUAAAGGAAGCGCACCAGGAACGGACGGCCCUGGAAUCGCAGUUGGAACAGCUCCGCCCCGUCACCGUCUUGUGACCCGCGGGGUUCGCCGAGAUCACCUGAGCCCUCGUGUCGUCGCCCCGUCCGCUCGGAGCCGGCGCGCUGCCUUGGCACGUCAGAGGAAGCGAGCGGCGGAAUGUGAUAUCCCCUUUUGUAAAAAUUUCCACCCCCGGUCCUGCCGUGGAGGACUCGGGCAGAUUUUCGGCCUGCAGCUUUAGGCGAGACGGGAGAUUCCCGGUCAUCAGGCCGCUCCCAGCUCUGCUCCGGGCUAGUGAGACCUGCCGCUCGCUCGCCCGUCACCCUGAAUCGGUCCUAAAUCCCAAAUCGAUCAAGUUAAUCGCGGCUCGGCCGUUUGUCCCCCGUGUGUGUCCCUGGGCAAGUCGCUUCACUUCUCUGCGCCUCAG